AUGGCCAGCACGACAGGCAAACGCCCGCUCCCACUAGACGCCGACGACAAUGAUGCCAAGAGGAUCCGCUCAAAUAAUGGCUCGCCCGCACCCGCACCGGCACCACCACCACCACCACCCCCAUCAUCCACCACCACCACCAACGGCAUGUCGGAGAUGGAGCGCAAGAAGCAGGAGGCCGCCGCUCGCAUGGCCGCCGUCAAGGCCAAACUCGCCGGACUGAAACCCAAUGGCGCGUCUGCUGCAGCUCCACCGCCUGUGUCAGCCUCUCCCGCCCCUGGUCCACCACCGCCCCCCAUCAACGAUGUGGAGGCAAGAAGGGCGGAAGCGGCGCGCAAGAUCGCCGAGAUGAAGGCCAAGUUUGCUGCGAAAAAGGCACAGACGGCCUCACCAGCUCAGGUCAGUACGCCUCCACCACCGGCAGAGCCCAGCGAGCGGGAGAGGAGGAUAGCAGAGGCACGUGAGCGGGCGAAGAAGAUAGCCGCGCAACAGCUCGCACCGGGUGAGAGAGCGGCACCGCCACCUCCUCCGCCACGGCAAGAUAUGGGAAAAGCAGCGAGGGGUGGCUUGGGCAUUGGCUUGCAUCCGAGUCUGAUGGGGGAUCUGAAUGCGCCAGGUGCUGCUGCUGGGAAGGGGAGAGGGACGCCGACUGGACAACGACCAUCAGCACCGAGGAUCAACCCCUACUUGGCCGCGGACGACGAUGCAGAGAAGCUGGACCCGGAGGCAGUCUACGAUCCAACCAUCGCCGCCCGCAAAGGAGGCGACCGAAAAAGCAAACAGCUCCAAUUCAACCAAAAAGGCAAAUUCAUGGCCCAAGCCAACGCCCUCCGCCAACAAGCCAAGCUCGAAGAAAUGAAAAAACGCAUAGCAGCCGAAGCCCGCAAGACCGAGAUCGAAGAGGCGUCCGACAAAGCCUUUCUCGUCCCGCCACCCCCAGAAGUAGAAUGGUGGGACGAAAACCUCAUCGACAAGAUCUCCACCCCGGACACCGUCAUCACCGCCCUAAUCCAACAUCCCGUGAUGCUGCAACCCCCGCAAGACAAAUUCCUCCCGGCCCCGAAACCCCUCAUGCUCACGCCGCAAGAACAGAAGAAACUGCGUCGUCAACGCCGCAUGGCGGAUAUGAAAGAAGAACAAGCCAAGAUCCGCCUCGGGCUCGUCGAACCCCCCCCACCGAAAGUGAAGAAGAGUAAUAUGAUGCGUGUCCUAGGCGAACAAGCCGUCAAGGACCCUACUGCUGUAGAGGCGAGGGUGAAUAAGGAAAUCGCCCAACGCGCCAUGGACCACGAGAAAGACAACCGUGAGCGCGCCCUGACCAAAGACCAAAAAGCGGAGAAAUUAAAGCAACAGCAAGCCGGGGACGACGCCAAGGGGAUCCGGAUCGCGGUGUUUAAAGUCGAGAGUUUGAGUUCGGGGAAGCAUCGGUAUCAGAUUGAUAUCAACGCUAAGCAGCAUGGGCUCACGGGGAUCGUGGUGUUGAAUCCGACGAUGAGUUUGAUUAUUGUCGAGGGAGGGGAUCAUAGCCUUAAAGCUUAUAAGAAGUUGAUGCUGCAGCGGAUCAAGUGGGUGGAGAAUACGCUGCCGCUUUCUAAUACUGCGGGGCCGAGUACUUUCACGGGGGCGAACGAUGGGACGAGUAAAGCUUCCUCUUCUUCCUCCGAGCAGGGUAAAGUCGCCGCAUGGCUGACCCCCCUAAACGAAGAUGGGAGUCUCAAGGAUCUGAGGGAGAAUUACUGUGUCCUGGUCUGGGAGGGGGAGAUGAAGCAGAGGGUUUUUCGGAAAUGGGGGAGUCGGGUUUGUGAGACGGAUGGGUUGGCGAGGGAUGUAUUGGGACGGUCGAGGAUGGAGAAUAUGUGGACGUUGGGACGGGGGAUGAGGCGGGAGCAGUGA